AUGUCUGGAUCAAUUUUAAAAUAUGUUGCACCUUCAACAUCUACUACAGUAGGAGAAAGUGCUGAAGACGUUCAGUCUGUUGAAUCCAGAGGUGAAAUGCCUGAAGUAUAUUCUCAAGAAGCUUCAUAUGUGAAAGCGCAAGAAUUGGAGAAGAUCAUUUUAUCUUCAAGCGGUGAAAGUGAUGUAAAUGAAGGAGAUGCCAGCAGAAGCCUGAAUCAGCAAGACUCUGAUGAUGAUGAAGAAGAAGAGGAGACUGUUCGACUGUCAGUUUAUUCUGAUGUUGCUGCUUGGCCAGUUCCAGUUCCAGAUGUUUUAAGAGUGGACCUUAUUAAGAGGGGAAGUGAACCUUUCCAAAAUAGAGAUGGGCCAUUCAGUCCUGUUGAAAGGCAAGGAGAGAAAUCAAAAGGGAAGAGUCAACAGCUGACCACUGCAUGGUUCUAUAAGGCUCUGCCUAAUGGCGAAAAAAUUCUUAGAAUGUGGAUGGUGUACUCUCCAUCAAAACAAAGUUUAUUUUGUUUUUGCUGCAGACUUUUUGCUGUUGAUGACAAAGUAACAGGGGCAUCCAGUUUUGUUACUGGGUUUCAAUUGUGGUGGAAGCUGAACCCAAAGGUGUCUGAUCAUGAGGCUUCUGAGCAGCAUCUUACACGCUUGGAGAAAUGGAAGACCUGGAGAGCAGGAUUGAAGCUACAAAAAUGCCUUGAUCAUGUCCAUCAAACAACAGUGGACAGAGAGAAAAGGAAAUGGAGGGAUAUUUUGCAUUGCCUUUUGGAUGUAACUUUGUUUCUGGCUCACCAGAAUCUUCCCUUUCGUGGUCAUAGAGAGACCAUGUCAUCCGCAAACAAAGGCAACUUCCUCGAAUUGGUAGAAUUGCUCUCAAACUAUGAUCCCAUUUUAAAGGAACAUUUCAUGAGGCUGGAACAUGCUGUUGCAUCUGGAAAGAGAAUGACUUCCUAUUUCUCUCCAAAAAUUCAGAACGAAUUAAUUUGUCUUUUGGGAAAUCAUGUGAAGGUCAAAAUAGUGAUAUCUAGCUGA